AUGCUUCUGGCUGGCCAGAAAGGUCGUCAGAGGUCGACGACGACGUCUGGGGCCGUCCGAAGCCGUUCCGAAGUAGAUGGGGGGUUUGGAGGGUUAACGGGCGGUCUAGAGGCCGUUCCGAGAGAGAAUCGAGGGCCUAGGGGCUGUUCCGAGGCUUCCGAGCGGAUUCCGAGGGUCCGAAGCGUCCUGAGGGUCCGUUUCGAGCGAUCCGACGCCAAGUCCAACAAUCCGACGAGUACCAACGAUCAAGGGGUUUCCUGGGGGUCUAGAGGGCUCCUGGGGAUUCCUGUGGGUACUGUGGUGUAG